AUGAGUUCCUACGGUGGCGAAGAGAGCCUUCGAUCGCCCCGCAAGGGUAGCGGCGCGAAGCGAGGGAGCGAAGAUGAAGGCAUCAUUGGGACCGCGUCCCUGGAGGUCCUGUGCGCAGCCAAGCCCAAUACCAACACUGGACCAACGAUGUACGACGUUGCCUACACCCGAGGAGGGUGGAUUUGGCGCACCUCCCACCGCUACAGCGACUGGCUAUCCCUCAAGGAGCGCCUUCAAGCGGACUUCGGCAAAAGGAAUCUUCCGGACGACGAGCUGUUUCCGCAGAAGGAGGACGUGGGUGCUAUCAUCGUGAAAGUGCUGUCUUCUUGUCAGGGGUGCCGGGAGGGCGGCGGCCGUGCGGUGGGGCACCUCGAGGAGCGACGCCGCGGCCUGCAGGCCUACUUCUCACAGGUGCUGGAUGAGCAGAGAGAGCUCUGGGACUCGAGCGCCGACAUCAAGGCCUUCUUUUCCCCCGGCCCGCCCACGAGCUACAGCGCGGCUCUCUCGCGACGGAGGAGUGAGCAACUCAAGGAGGAAAAGCUCAAGGCAAAGGAGGCUUCGUCCGCCGCUUCGAUGAUGGCGUGCUCGCUCAAGUCUACCCUCGGAAGCCUGUUCGAGACGUCCCCGGCCACCACUCCGUCGGCUGCUGCAGCAGCAGCCAAGCCGUCGUUCUCCACGUACCCGUUCUCGACCUCCUCUUCGGCGCGAUCGACGUCGGUGUCGUCCUCCAUGUUCUCGCCCAGGCGGCCAGAAGACCAGUGGUCUGCAUCGGCAUCAUCGGCGGCAGCGGGGCCGGGGGUUGGGGCCGGGGGGGGUUCCUCGGGCUCGGUGAUCAACCGCCUCGCCGCCAUGAAGAAGCAGAUGCCGUCUCUGCGGGACAUUCUGUUCGACGACGCUCCGCCUCCGCCGACUGCCGGUUCGGUCAAUGGUUCGGUCAAUGGCUCGCGGGCGUCCAGCCGGCACAACAAGAUCCCUGCUUCGACCAACAAGCCGCCCUCGGAGUCGGGAGUGACGGAUCCAGACGGGGGCAUCUCGGAGGCGGGCGGCUCCAAGCACUCCAUCAUCUCCGACGCCUACCAGAAGUUUUGCGGCUUCUAGUUACGUGAGAAUGGGGGGUGGGGGGGGGAGGGUCACACUACGGCGAGCCGCACCGUAGGAAUAAGUCGCCCCAAUGUUUCUUGGCCAGCUUGGUGGUCACGGGGGAAUACUCGUCUGUUGUCUGUUCGUGUCCACACCCUCGUGGCAUGAUGACCCCGAGACGGCCGGCAAGCGGGCAAGAUUUGAGUCCUCUAGUGAGAAAUGACGUAGUCGGAAAGUUCUGCUUUGUCCUUCCACGACCAUGGUACGGGAGGAUGGGUUAGCACACCCCGGGUGGCCAUAAGGCUACACGUGUCAGUUGCAGUGACGCGUGUGGCAGGGGGGGGGGGGGGGGGAGACUAGCAGCGGUUGUCCCCUUGUACUUCCUUUUUUAUAAGAGGUCAAUGUCGGGAACAGCGUGGUGCAUCUUUGCAUGUAAAUAUUACGCCGCUGUUCGCGAGAGCGAUCGAUCACCGCGGUACCUCGCAAGGCUCUUGUAGUUUUGGUUAAGAGAAGUCAACGCACUCAUUUGAUACGAAGUACUUAGUAGAUCGGCGCCACUGAUGUGUUGUAUGCGAUCCGCGGGAGCCCUAUUGAGUGCAUUUCCCCGGUUCACGGCGGGUAGUCCCUGUUUAGGCGGCUACGUUACCCACUCACUUGUGUUCCGAAUGGAGUAUGAUUCGUUUGCUCAUGUCCUGUUUUUUUGUGUUUUGUUUAUUAUGGCGCUCGCGUCGGGUGAUGCUUCCGUGCGCCCAAAAGUGGGGUACUGCUGUCCAUAUUCGUUCUAUGUAUAUCUUCCACCACGCGCCUCCCUUAUUUCCCUCACGGUUUGUUGCUCUUGUGUUCUAACUCCGGGCUGGGAGGCGGUUGUCAUGUACCGUGGGAGGAGGAAUGCUUAGGGUACGAUGUGUCCGUGCGUAUCGUUGUUGUCGCAUGUGGUGACCUCCUCAGUCGUCAUUUGGUGAGGUUGCGCCUGCAUUACCUAUAGCUUUGUUUUUGGUGCUGUUGGUUUAUUUAGUGUGUGUUGUCGUUCAACGAAUCUGGCUCGGUGUUGUUGAUCAAUUUGUGCACGCGCGUUCGUACGAAGAAGAGCACGCUUUAUCUCCAAGAUGUAAGAAUGCAUGAGUAUUGUAAGGUACAUGGGGCCUCUUGUUCGGGAGGCCUUGCUGGCAGUUGGCAGAGAGAGCUGCUCGCAUGAUGACGGCAGAAGUAAUAUUAUUACCCAAUUUCGAGGAGUGUGCGCGGGGUAUGCUUAUCGAGGUGUUGGCGGCUGUGGGUUUACGAUA